UCGCCAGCGCCCCGAGAACGCUGCACGCCGAACCGAUUCUCCCACGCCAGAAACGUUGAGAACCGAAAUAUCGGUGGUGUGUUCCAUGGUUUCGAAUUAAAAUUUAACCAAACGGGAGAACGGUUAUCAGCGCGGUGAGAAGCGCGGGGUUAAUCGAACUCGGGGAUUGCUGAUAAAUAAUUUGGCGCGAAAACAACUGCCGGCGAGGAGGCGUACCCUGAUAUAUAGGCGUGUUGCUUAGUGCAGGGGUGCAAAUUUUCGGGUAUGAAUCGUGCCGUUUGAAACUCCGUGUUACAGUGAACCAUGUGCGAGUACUUUUCGUUCGGUUUUAAUUGAUAUUGCUGGGAAAAAUGUAACCAACCAGUGAAACAAGUGGUCGGGAAAAUUUUGAAAGUCUACUAUUUGAGGGAUUUUUUGACGCACCAGUAUCGCUGCCGUUGUUGGGUGGUGGUGGUGGUGGUCAUUAGGCGAAGCGACGCAUCAUGGAUAAAACUCGCUCGCUCGCGCGUUCGUAAACGCACAGGAUAAACUAAAUUAAACUCAAUUUAACCCUGCACGUUUAUCGUUCCAAUUUAUCCACCAUCAGCAUCGACGAGGCAGCGCACGUUGUGAAUUGUGUGUAGAGUGGUUGUUGCGUUGGUGGCUUAAGCUCAAUGCAGAAGCAAGCAGUAACGCGACUCUCGUAACUAAAUGCUGUGUGCAUAUCGUAAACUAUAAGUGACAGUGCCGGCGAGGACCUUUUUCCUCCCCCCCCCCCCCCCCCCCGUCGUCCAUCAAAAAGUUUGAAACGACACGCGUUUUACGUUGUUGCGUUUCACGGUGUAUAUACAUGACGACGAAUGUAACGCCUAAAGUGGUUGUGCCUUGUAUUUAUAUUACCAUCGUACACACACGAGCGAUAAUUACCGAGUGACAACUGUAUCAUCACGUGACGUUUCAGCCCAACAAUCAAACAUUCUCAUCUGCUAGCGCCUUUGUGAUUUUCCCUUUUCUUUUUCCUGUUGCUCCAAGGAUACAUUUCGCGUGUGUUUCCGUUUUUCAUAUAGUAUAUUUUAUUUAUUGAUAUAUAUAUAUAUAUACAUACUGUGUGUUUUACUGGGGAUCAUUGCACGAGUAUAUUUGUGAUUUGGUUAUUCGUACGCGGUGUUUUUUCGGAGUAAAAGUGUAUUUUUCAUAUAAUUUUAUUCGUUUGUCAUCCCGAGGGAUCUAUGUGUAUGAAUUUACUCAAGUUUACUGCGGACUCGGCGAGACGGAUCGGGAAUAACAUACCUCAAAUCCGUCUCUGUGUGCGGCGUAUUAGUGUCAGUGCCAACUAUACGAAGAUACAUGCUGAAUGUUGAUUCUGGAGAAUGAAAUAACGUUGUCGGGUUGUCCGAAAUAUGAGGACUAAAUUUUUGAGUCAAACGCGGGCCCCGAUAUAUCACUAUAAUGUAUCUCACGAACGUGUUCUUGAUGGUGCUUCUCCACGCUGUGGGAUCAAGGUGCAUGUGCCAGAACGGUUAUACGGGACAGAACUGCGAGAACGAGUAUAUCCCCUGCGAUCCGUCGCCCUGCUUGAACGGUGGCUCCUGUCACCAGGUCGACCAGCAUAGCUACAAGUGCACCUGUCACGAGGGUUUUCGAGGAGACAAGUGCGAGGAGAACAUCGACGACUGCGCGGGCAACUUGUGCCAGAACGGCGCAACGUGCAUCGACCGGGUAAACGAAUACGCAUGUCAGUGUCCCCCAACGUUUACCGGUACCCAGUGCGAAAUUGACGUCGACGAGUGCUCGCUGAGGCCGUCGGUUUGUCACAACGGUGCAACAUGCACGAACUCACAUGGGAGUUACUCCUGCAUAUGCGUGAACGGAUGGACCGGAAUCGACUGCAGCAUCAACAUCGACGAUUGCGCGGGCGCCGCGUGUUUCAACGGCGCCACGUGCAUCGACCGAGUUGGAAGCUUCUACUGUCAGUGUACCCACGGAAAAACUGGACUCCUGUGCCAUCUCGACGACGCAUGCACUUCGAACCCGUGUCAUCAGGGGGCGAUAUGCGACACGAGUCCCAUAAACGGCUCGUACACGUGUUCCUGCGCCAGUGGAUACAAGGGACUCGACUGCUCUGAGGACAUCGACGAAUGCGAACAAGGAUCGCCAUGCGAACAUGAUGGCAUCUGCGUCAACACGCCUGGAUCAUUCGCCUGCAAUUGUACUCAGGGAUUCACCGGGCCGAGGUGCGAGACAAACGUCAACGAGUGCGAAUCUCAUCCGUGUCAAAACGACGGAUCCUGCCUUGAUGACCCCGGCACCUUCCGCUGCGUCUGUAUGCCUGGAUUCACCGGAACUCAAUGCGAAAUCGACAUCGACGAGUGUGCAGCAAAUCCUUGCCUGAAUAACGGAGUCUGCAAUGACUUGAUAAAUUCGUUCAAGUGCAACUGCGCGAACGGUUUCGCCGGGGCUCGUUGUCAGAUAAACAUCGACGACUGUGCAUCUUUGCCCUGCCGGAACGGGGGCAGUUGUCACGAUUCAAUAGCAAAGUACACCUGCGAAUGUCCGCCAGGAUUCACCGGAGCCUCCUGCGAGACCAACAUCAACGAUUGCCAGUCGAAUCCUUGCCACAGCGGAAUCUGCAUAGACGGUGAAAACUCGUUCACCUGCAAGUGCUUCUCAGGAUUUACCGGACGCCUUUGCCAGAUUCAGAUUGACGAGUGUGAAAGUAAUCCUUGCCAGUUCGAAGGCCGAUGCGAAGACCGCAUCGAUGGGUACCAGUGCAUGUGUAGGCCUGGGACAUCCGGUGUCAACUGCGAAGUAAAUGUCAACGAGUGCUACAGCAAUCCGUGCAGAAACGAAGCCCGUUGCAAGGACGGGAUCAACCGAUACACCUGCGAAUGCAUUCCCGGUUUUACUGGACAGCACUGUGAAACUGACAUCAACGAAUGCGCGAGCAAUCCUUGUUCGAACGGCGGGACAUGCAUAGAUUUGAUAAACGGUUUCAGAUGCGAAUGUCCGCGCGGCUACUACGACGCCAGGUGUUUGAGCGAUGUCGACGAGUGUGCGAGCAACCCUUGUAUUCAUGGUGGCACGUGUGAAGAUGGCGUAAAUCAGUUCAUUUGCCAUUGCCUGCCCGGCUACGGUGGUAAGAGAUGCGAAGCCGACAUCGACGAGUGCGGGUCAAAUCCAUGCCAGCAUGGGGGAACAUGCAAUGAUCAUCUCAACGGGUACAGUUGUCAAUGUCUGCCAGGAUACGCAGGCACCAAUUGCGAAACGAAUAUUGACGACUGCGCCAAUAAUCCGUGCCAGAACGGCGGGUCCUGCAUCGAUUUGGUGAACGACUACAAGUGCGUUUGCGAACUGCCGCAUACCGGAAGGAACUGCGAAGACAAACUCGAUCCGUGUUCUCCAAACAGAUGUCUUCACGGGGCGAAAUGCUCUCCUUCGUCAAAUUUCCUGGACUUUGCGUGCACCUGCACCAUAGGUUACACCGGACGACUUUGUGACGAGGAUGUGGACGAGUGCGUGAUAACAUCUCCUUGCAGGAACGGCGCCACUUGCAGGAACACAAACGGAUCGUAUCAUUGCGUUUGUGCCAAGGGUUACGAGGGCAAGGACUGCAUCAUAAACACGGACGAUUGCGCAUCUUACCCGUGCCAAAACGGAGGCACCUGUUUAGAUGGGAUCGGAGAUUACACCUGUCUUUGCGUGGAUGGAUUCAAUGGGAAGCAUUGCGAAAUAGACAUAGACGAAUGCGUCUCUGCGCCUUGUCAAAACGAUGCGAUAUGCAAAGAGUAUGUGAACUCGUACACCUGCCAAUGCAAGCUCGGAUUUUCCGGAAUAAAUUGUCAGACCAACGACGAGGACUGCACGGAAAGCAGUUGCAUGAACGCAGGAAGCUGCAAUGACGGUAUAAACAAUUACACCUGCGUCUGUCAGCCCGGAUACACAGGAACGAAUUGCCAAUACAGAAUCAACGAGUGUGACAGUUUGCCCUGUCUGAAUGGAGCAACGUGUCACGAUCAUGUACAGUACUACACCUGCCACUGUCCUUACGGUUAUACCGGCGAUCGUUGCGACAAGUUCGUCGACUGGUGCGCGGACACACCGUGCGAAAACCAAGCGACCUGUGUCCAGCACAAGAAUAAAUAUCACUGCAAUUGCUCGCCUGGCUGGACCGGCAAAGUAUGCGACGUUGAAAUGGUAUCGUGCAAGGAUGCCGCGGUUAGGAAAGGUGUGCCUGAGAAAAAUCUAUGUAACAACGGGACCUGUGAGGACAUCGGAAACAGCCAUCGAUGCCACUGCACCGACGGCUACACGGGUUCCUACUGCCAGGAGGAAAUCGACGAGUGCGAAUCGCUGCCGUGCCAAAACGGUGCGACCUGCAAUGACUUGGUCGGCUCGUAUCAGUGCCGAUGCAAGGUUGGCUUUCAAGGACAGAACUGCGAGCUGAACGUUGACGACUGUAAUCCAAAUCCGUGUCAGAAUGGUGGAACCUGCCACGAUUUGAUAAACAACUUCACCUGCUCAUGUCCGCCCGGGACUCUCGGAAUUCUUUGCGAGAUAAACGUCGACGAUUGUGUCGUCGGUGCGUGUCACAACAAUGGCACCUGCACCGACAAGGUUGGUGGAUUCGAGUGCCGAUGCCCACCCGGAUUCGUCGGACCGAGAUGCGAAGGUGACAUCAAUGAGUGUUUGUCGAAUCCCUGCGCAAAUCCCGGCACCCAAGACUGCGUGCAGUUGGUCAACAACUAUCACUGCAACUGCAAGCCGGGCUACAUGGGUCGCCAUUGCGAGGUCAAGGUGAACUUUUGCGACAGUUCACCAUGCCAGAAUGGCGGCGUAUGUACCGCCAGACAGGCAGGUCAUAGCUGUCUAUGCGCGACUGGGUAUUUUGGUAAGAAUUGUGAGUUCUCCGGGUCUUAUUGCGAUUCUGAGCCCUGUUUGCACGGUGGUAAAUGCAGAAUAGCAGAGAGCGAUAUCGGCUACAGAUGUCACUGUCCCGCUGGGACUACUGGAACCCAUUGUGAAAUUGAUACCAGGGACGAAUGUGCUAGUAAUCCGUGUCAGCAGAGGGAAGCCAUUUGCAAAAAUUUGAUGGGUGAUUACGACUGUUACUGUCCUCCAAAAUGGACUGGCAAGAAUUGCGAGAUAUAUGAUCCGAAUUACAGAGGUGGCCUAUUUGGGAGGCAAAAUCCCAACAGUAUUCUCAACACUAUGUCACCAUACGAUAUUGACAUUGAACGUGAACGGAAGAAAUGCAUAGAGAAUCGAUGCGACGAAAAGUCCGGCAAUCACCGUUGCGACGAAGACUGCAACACCCACGCCUGUAACUACGAUGGGAAAGAUUGUUCCCUUGGUAUCAAUCCAUGGCGGAACUGCACAGCGCCGAUAAACUGCUGGGACGUAUUUAUGAACGGGGUCUGUAAUGAGGUAUGCAACAAUGCUCAGUGUUUGUUCGAUGGCAGAGAUUGCGAGAAGAAGCUCGAACCUUGCAAUCCUAUCUAUGACGCUUACUGUCGUAAGCAUUACGCAAAUGGCUACUGUGACUAUGGUUGUAAUAACGAAGAAUGUAACUGGGAUGGACUCGACUGUGAAGGCGAGCCACCGGAGCUGGCCGAAGGUGCAAUAUCGGUGGUAGUUUUGAUGGACAUGCAAACGUUCCGAUCGAACAUCAUCGCGUUCCUGCGCGACAUGGGCCAUCAGUUGAGAACAACGCUUCGAGUUAAGCAGGACGAGCUGGGAAACGACAUGAUAUAUCCUUGGAAGCGAGAGCAGCUCCAGACGAACGUGUUCGGGAGACCAGCGACUGUUUACACAGAUAACCAAAGCGGAGUCACCGCCUACUUAGAAAUUGACAAUCGUAAAUGCACCGUGAUAUCGGGAGCGGUUUGUUUCCCUACGGCCAACGAGGCUGCCGAAUACCUGGCGGCGACUGCCUCCAAGCACUCUUUGUCGAAUAAUUUCCCCAUCGAACAAGUGCGCGGUGUCGUCGGGCAGGAUCCAAAUGACACCGACACACCGACCAACUUCAAAUAUGUCUUCAUCGGGGUGGUCCUGGUACUUCUCGCUGGUCUAUUGGUUGGGGUGCUGGUCACCGCUCAGCGGAAACGCGCUGUUGGUGUCACGUGGUUUCCCGAAGGAUUUUUACGGACCACUAGCGGCAGCGGCCAGCGACGCCGUUCCAGAAGACGCGGCCCCGACGGCCAGGAGAUGCGCAAUCUGAACAAACAGCCUUCUGUCACUUGCAUGGAUCUCGACAUAGCCAACGGUCGCGUUCACCAGUGGUCAGACGACGAGUCAGAUCUCCCGCCGUCGAAACGGAUGCGGGCAAUCGAGCCUGGCUACGCGAGUGACCACACGGUAAUAACGGACUACGAGGAAACCGAACCGAGGCUGUGGACUCAGCAGCAUUUGGACGCCGCUGAGAUCCGGUCGAGGCCCGACGCCGGGGUUUUAACCCCACCGAGUUUGGAGCACGGUCAGGACGUCGACGCUAGAGGACCGUGCGGAAUGACACCACUGAUGGUCGCGGCGGUGCGCGGAGGCGGCUUAGACACCGGUGAGGAAGAGGAUGACAGCGACGGCACCGCGGCUGUGAUAGCCGACCUAGUGGCUCAAGGCGCCGACCUGAACGCGACCACCGACAAAAGCGGUGAAACGUCACUUCACCUGGCAGCGAGAUACGCGCGAGCCGACGCUGCGAAACGUCUCUUGGACGCUGGAGCGGACGCCAAUUCGCAGGACAACACUGGGAGGACGCCUCUCCACUCUGCGGUGGCCGCAGACGCGAUGGGCGUGUUUCAGAUCCUCUUACGAAAUCGGGCAACGAAUUUGAACGCUCGUAUGCACGACGGAACGACUCCUCUGAUAUUGGCAGCUCGUAUCGCCACUGAGGGUAUGGUCGAGGAUCUCAUAAACGCCGAUGCGGACAUAAACGCGGCCGACAACAGCGGUAAAACCGCUCUGCACUGGGCCGCUGCCGUAAACAACGUCGACGCUGUGAACAUUCUUCUGGUCCACGGUGCCAACCGGGACGCCCAGGACGACAAGGACGAGACACCUUUGUUCCUUGCGGCGAGGGAAGGCAGUUUCGAAGCAUGUAAAGCGCUCCUCGACACGUUCGCCAAUAGGGAAAUUACUGAUCACAUGGAUAGACUUCCUCGCGACGUUGCUAGCGAGAGACUUCAUCACGACAUCGUCAGGCUACUCGAUGAACACGUACCAAGAUCACCGCAGAUGGUGUCUGUCAUACCAAACGGACCCCUUAUGGGUACGUACAGAGGCUCUCCGAAUCAUCCACAACUUAUCACGCACCCGACAGUGAUCGGUUCGGCGCCGAAGCAGUCGAAAUCAAAGAAAAGAACGAAGCCUGGAGCAGGGGGAAACCCAAACAGUCCAGAAUCCGAGGGAGCUGUAGCGGUGAGGCGAAAACCGUCGAUAAAAAAACCGACGGCGAAGCGUGGCGCUCAGCCCCCAAACCAGGAAAUCCCUCAGGGAGCGGAGGGAGCCGAAGGAAACUUGCCGAGCCCUUAUGACAGCGCCAGUCUCUACAGUAACGCACUGCCUCUGGUCGGGCACACGCAGACGGGGAAGCAGCCGCCGUCCUACGAGGACUGCAUCAAGGGACAGUCGAUGCAGGGCUUACAGCAGCUCGGUCUCGACACUUUCGCGGCGAACUACGGACUGCCCCCAAAUUUUCACGACCAGCUGCUAGCUCCGCAUCAGCGGCCCGGUCAGGGCAUGGUGAGCACCUUGUCACCCCCGUAUAGCAACCAGUCGCCGCCGCACUCGGUGCAGUCAAACAUGACCCUCUCCCCUCAGGCGAGCUACAUGGGCUCUCCCUCCCCAGCGAAGAGCAGGCCCUCGCUUCCUACCUCGCCAACCCACAUUGCCGCGAUGAGGCAAGCCACCCACCAAAAGCACGGCGGCAUGCCGCCCAUCGGUUUCGACUUUGAGAACCUCCCCUACUCCAGCGGACAGCAGCAGCUGCAACAGACGCAGCAGCAAAUCCAACAGCAGCAGCAGCAACAACAACAGCAACAGCAACAACAACAACAGCAGCAACAGCAGCAGCAACAGCAACAACAACAACAAACCGCUCAGCAACAACAACAGCAGCAGCAACAAACACAACAAUACUAUCAAUAUUUGACGCCGCCUUCCCAUCACUCGGGACCCGACGUCACGCCGCAGCACCUGAUGCAGGCUCCGGAAAGCUUUCCCACCCCGUCGCCCGAAAGCCCUGGACACUGGUCAUCCAGCUCCCCACACUCCAAUAGCGAUUGGUCCGAGUGUAUGGCUUCGCCGAACGCUUACGCAACAGGUGGAGCGCAGCACCAAAACAAAGGCUCUGAAGCUAUCUACAUAUGAUGAAGGAUGUGGCAAAAUUCAACCCUGACUUUGAGGGACAAUUAAUCCCAAGUGAAUAAAUUAUGUGGAACAAUUACAGUGACUUCAGUGAAUUCCAUAUUAUAGGAUUGUUUUACUACAUCUGUUUUUAUUUUACCUGAGGAUAAAAAUAAGAUGUAUAGCACUGUGAUUAGCGUUAAUUAUAAGUCUAGCAGCGAACUACUUGAUAGGGUAAUUUUACAGGUAUUAAGUAUGCCUGUGGAGAAUUCGAUGCUGGUAUAAUGUAAUAAAAAAAAACACCCGGAUACAUGACUACAUAAGCAGAGUAGAGACUUAAAAGAAAAGAAAGUUAAAAAAUACUAAAUGCAAAAAUAUAGUAACUACGUACUGACUUCUGUCGUGCCUCUCUCUAUACACUAAAUAUGUAAACGAAUGACACGAACGUGAAGAUUUAUAGGUAUUAUAUUUUUUAUAGCAAUCAUAUUAUUGUAUUUCAAAGUUCAGCUCAAUACUAAUGGUGCCUUCAACUUGCCAGAGUGAAGACCCGCGACAGACAAUAAUUAAGGAACAAAACCUUGCUAUUACAAUAGUAUUGUAAAUAUAAAUAACAAAAGACCAUUCAUACUAUUAAUCGAUUUCUAUAAUUAAGUAUAUGCAUAUGUUUAUGUGUAUACAUACAUAUAUAUAUAUAUAUAUAUAUAUAUAUAUAUAUGUAUAUAUACAUAUUUUGUUUAUGUGUAUACACAUAUAUAUACAUAAAUAUAUACAUAUUUUAUUUAAUAUGUAUACAACAUGAGGGCACAGUUAUAAAUAUAACUAAAUAAUGCGGGGCUUCUUAUUAUGUAAGGUAUAUGCAAAAGUUUAUACUUUGUGCACACUAAUCUGCUCUGUAUAGAUGCUCUGUAUAGAUCUGUAUGAUUAGCACCUUGGCUGAUUCAUCAUUAAUUGACUACAGUUGCCCUGUAAUUAGUGAAAUAUUUGUAGAAUGAGAAUUGUGCCUUUAAUAAAUUACUGUAGGUAAGAGACGUAUAGAUAAAAUCACUAAAUUAUGCAUUUGACGAGAUGCAGAGUUUCCAAAUGGCCUUUAUGAUUAAUAAUUAUUAAGUAUAAAAAUCAAUUAUUGUGUAAGAUACAUGCAAAGUGAGGUUAUUACGGAUAGCCGAAUACCAGAGAAAUGAUUACUGCCUUCUAACAAACUAUUCCAUACAAACAUUCCAUGUCUUUUGCUGUGUCAUUUUUUUUUCCUCUUUUUUUUUAGAUAAACUUUUCGCACGAUCACUCUCAAUGUUGAAUAUUUGUUCUAAAUAAUUAUUUAGUAAUAAUACAUUUUUACCUAAGGUUAUAUUUUCUGAUGACAGUAAUUGAAUUCUCUGAUUUUUGACUACCAAAGCCAGCCGAGUUUAUUAAGUACUAUAUUAUAUAUUGGUGAUCAGAACAACAAUAUGCUUAAAAAUUAUUUUCAUAGAUCGUUGGGAGAGAAUAGACAUAUUUAAAUACGGAUUCGGCAAAGCCCGCAAAAUUAUUUGCGGAAAGAUAUUAUAUAAAACGGUAAAUUAUGAUGAAUACGAAUCUGCUAAAAUUACUCGAAGCAAGUUUACACUGUCAAAAAAUUGUAAAUACUCUUUUAUCUUAUAAAGCUACUCUAUCUCAUGAUCUUUACGAUCAUCUUUUCGCUCGAUUUUGUACAAACUGUUUUUACAUAUUCUUGUAUUUUGUAAGUUAGCCAUUGAUCUUAUUACUAUUGUUAAUUUUCUAAGAUGGUCUGCAUAAGAUAAUCGUCUUUGUUUAUUAAUUGAAUAUAUUCAUCAUUUUUGUAUCGAUAUUCUGUAAUUUGCUAUUGCAUCAAGUAUAGUCUUUCAACUGUUCGAAAUGCAAUAUUAGGUUACAAAAUGGUGCGUUGGGGCUGGUCAUUUGAAAUAUCAAUUUCAAUAUGAAUUCGAUUUUAUUCGACUCUACACAGUUUGUAUAAUUCCAAUUCACAAUCUCGCAAAAUAGAAUACACAUAAUAUAAUUUACUGGCAUGAUGUUGCAAUUUAUGCAAAAAUCAUUCGCACGUGGUAUAUGGCGAAUUACUGGCUCUUAAUGAAGAGGGUCAAUAACGCUCUCAUGGUGAUGCUAUUGUUGUAUUAGUCGAUUACGAAUAUACAUUUAAAUGAUGAUAUCCAAUUCCCAUUGAACAUUACCGAUUACUGUUCAUAUUCUUGUAAUACCGGUGUUUUAUUAGAUACGAUAAUAAAAAAAAAAGCAAGAAAAAAAACAAGAACGGAUGUGACAGAGAAUGUUAACA